AUGGCUUCCGUCAAAUCUCGUAAAGCUACAAUGAUAUCGAUAUUAAGUUUUCAAACGAUAUUAAUAAUACUUUUUGCCAUAUUUACCGCAUAUGAUAACGAUACGAAUCCUCUUACACCACCGAGUGGUAAAAAUUUUACCGUCGCGGAUAUACAAUAUACGGUUUUCCAAGACGUACACGUAAUGAUUUUCGUUGGUUUUGGUUUUUUAAUGACUUUCCUUCGGAAAUAUGCCUACAGUGCUUUAGGAUUUACAUUUUUAAUAUCCGCAUUAGUUAUUCAAUGGGGUUUGCUUUGUCAGGGAUUUUACAAAAUGAAUUCUACCGAUGAAUUUGUUUACUUAGGAAUUGAAAAUUUGAUAGGUGCCGAUAUGAUAGCAGCAGCAGUUUUAAUUUCAUUGGGAGCCGUCCUGGGUAAAAUUUCACCCAUACAACUUAUCAUCAUGGCCGUGCUCGAAACUAUUUUUUAUACUUUUAACGAAUAUUUGGGAACUUACAUUUUAGAUGCUGUUGAUCCGGGUGGAUCGAUGUUUAUUCACGUUUUUGGUUCUUAUUUCGGUUUAGCUGUUAGUUUUACCCUUCCGAAAAGCGUAAGCACGCAAGAGGAAAAAAAUUAUUACGAAUCAUCCAAGUAUCAAAGUGAUGUGAAUGCCAUGAUAGGUUCUCUUUUUUUAUGGAUUUUUUGGCCGAGUUUUAAUGCCGGAUUUCUUUACAAUGACGAAAAAUAUAGAGCGAUCAUAAACACGUACCUUUCUUUGACAGCAUCUUGUUUGGCAGCAUUUGCCGUUUCAUCGAUGAUAAACAAAAAUGGAAAAUUUAACAUGGUUCAUAUUCAAAAUGCAACACUGGCGGGAGGUGUUUGCGUAGGAACUUCUGCCAAUAUGAUGAUUCAACCUUAUGGCGCUCUAGUAAUCGGAUGUUUUGGCGGAACUUUGUCCACGUUGGGUUUUUGUUUCGUACAAAGCAAAUUGCGAAUACAUGACACCUGCGGCGUUCAUAAUUUACACGGAAUGCCUGGAAUAGCAGCUGGAAUUAUUGGAACAAUUGUGGCAGCCAUAGCCAACUACGAAACUUAUGAAACCAGUUUAUAUGAAGUUUUUCCAGCGUUGAGUAAGAGGACAGCACUCCAGCAAGCUGGAUAUCAAUUUUUAGCAUUAACCGUCAGCUUUUUAAAUGCCGUAAUCGGAGGAUUGAUAACAGGUGUCUGCAUAAGAAACUUUAAAAAAAUAGAAAGAUAUUUCGAUGACGAAAUGAUAUGGAAUCUUCCUCCGACGGAAAAAAUUAAAGUUAAUGAAGAAUCUUUGUACAGAGUUAAAAUAUAG